AUGUCCAGCCUUGAUAAGCAACUACUCAACCUUGCGUCUACUCUCACUGCCAAAGCGCUGUUCUCCAGCGGCACGUUAGCUGAGACAGAUUUGCUACUGGACUAUGCGAAGGGAGAGAUCUCGGGGAAAGUGGAUCUACUGCAUGCUACUGAGAACGAAUUGCAGCGCCUCUCAGAGACAUGCGACGCAGCACCCUUCGGUGUUGGUCAGGAGAAUGUCCACGACGAGUCAUACAGGAAAGCGGGCAAGUUUGAUGUUCCGGGUUUCUCCGUGCAUUUUGAUGCCAGUCGACCUGGGCUGACGGAUAAUGCCUUUGCGAAUUUGUUUGAUCAAGAAGAAACGUCAGCUGUUCGUGCAGAACUGUACAAGCUGAACGUCCAUGAUUCCCCACGGAGUCAGAAAAUGUUCGGUUCUCUUGUCGUCAUCUUCCCCACGUUACGCCAUGGGGGUCAAUCGUGGACCUUCGACUCUCGUGAAGCCAGAAGUUGCGGGAGGGAUUAUCAACUUCUCCAAUCCUACAAGGAGCUUUCCCUGAAAGUUUAUCCUCAUGUGAUUUACGAGGACUUUGGCUCGGACGUUGAGGUACAUGCGUUGUGUUCCUACAUCGUGCUUUUUCCCGAUGAUGCUAUUCUCUGGCAGCCGGAGGAGCUGCUCUGGUCGUAUCUCCGGAAGAAUGCAAGUGGAGACGAUGAAGACAAGGAUGGGAGGGAUAUCGUCAUGAACUGGGUGACCCUCCCUCCGCAGACAGAGCGUCCCCAGUCCACUUUCGUAACGUAUGGCAACGAAGCCUACUUAUCCUUCACUUACAUACAGCCUUGCCUGAUAGUCGACAUCGGGAAGGUUGGAAACCCGGAAGACGGCCACGGUUCGGAAGUAAAACAUAUACCUUUUCUUAAUGCAAUAUUUGUUACCCAGCUGAUUAUUUCUGCUGUUUAG